UACUGCAGUAGGUACGCGAAGGUGAAAUACUACUGACAAUCCAGUAUAACACCGAAACAUGCCAAAGAGAUUUAGUUAUUCGAUUUUCGGUAUUGAUCGAGUUCGAACUACUAGAUCGUACUAACCAACGGGUUCGGCAUUAUUUGUUUAUGUUUUUCUAGGUUUAGUUAACACUGAUUUAUGCGGUUUUUUUUGAUGUGUGUUUGGUGAUUUUUUAAGACAUUUUUUUUUUGGACACAAGCAAUAUGGGGCUUGACUUCAUUGAAGGACAAGGAGAAGACUUCGAAAGGGCAUUAGAAAGUACAGGCUUUGGCAGAUUUCACUUCUCCCUUUUGGCAGUAUGCGGCCUCAUAUACCUAAACACCGCAGUGGGGAUCACGAUCAUAUCAUUCGUUCUACCAUCGGCCACAUGCGAUUUCCAGAUGUCUUCGUCGGACAAGGGAUGGUUAACCGCCGCUCCUAUGCUUGGGAUGGUAAUUGGCUCGUAUUUCUGGGGUUGCCUGGCUGACACCAAGGGUAGGAAAACCGUGCUGAUCGGCGCCCUCCUGAUGGACGGAAUAUGCGGAUUACUAUCCAGCAUCUCUCAAGUGUACUGGCUUUUCAUGUUUCUCCGGUUUCUAAACGGGUUUGCUAUCACAGGGGCAAUGGGAAUUUGCUUCCCUUACUUAGGAGAAUUCCAGCCGGGGAAGUACAGAGAAACUAUCCUAUGCUGGAUGGAACUGUUCUGGACCCUGGGUGUCAUAGUGCUGCCCGGAAUCGCUUGGAUUAUCAUUCCAAUGGAAUUCGAGUAUGUGUACGAGCAUUUUAAGUUUGCCAGUUGGAACCUGUUUGUGGCGGCAUGCGCGGUUCCAAGCAUUUUCAUUGGUAUAUGGCUGAUAUUCUUCCCGGAGAGUCCCAAGUUCCUUUUAGAAUGUGGUGAGGCGGACGCAGCCCUAGACGUCCUAAGGGAUAUGUACGCUAGCAACUAUAAGGACGAUCCUGCUAACUUUCCCGUGCGAAGCCUUCGCGAAAAAGUGCGCACCAUGAGUGUGGUCUCGCAACAAUCUACGAGGAGCAUCAGGAGCCUGCGCAUACGUAAACCGAAGGAACUGAAACUUUUAUUGGCUGAAAUUUGGGAGCAAACCAAGGCGUUGUGUAAGCCUCCUCACUUGAGAUAUACGGUGAUUACUUGUGCCAUCCAGUUUGGGCUCACCUCAAGCUACUACACUUUAAUGAUCUGGUUUCCUGAGCUCUUCUACCGCUUCGAAGAGUUCGAAACCCUUCAUCCCAACGAUAAAGCGACAGUAUGCGAAGUUUCUUCGGUGGUAAUUUCGGCAAAUGCCACAGGGGGCCCUGGCGAAUUCUGCGGAGAACCCAUUGCGGAUUCGGUAUUCUUACAUACGCUCAUCAUUGGACUCGCGUGUAUCCCUACCAGUUUUUGGUUGCCACUUUGCGUGCAUCGGUUAGGAGCGAAGUUCUUUUUGGUUUUUAGCCUUUUGGUGGCAGGCUCCGUGACUAUCGGUCUUUACUUCGUCGAUUCUACUUAUUCCAAUUUGGCCCUCUCGUGCGUUUUUGAGGCUCUCACCAGUUUGGGAAUCAGUACCGUGUACUGUGUUAUGGUUGAUUUAUUCCCUACAAAUCUCAGGGUAAUGGCAGCAGCUCUAUCACUAACUUUCGGCCGAGGUGGGGCCCUAAUUGGAAACUUGCUAUUUGGAUUCUUGAUUGACUUGAACUGUGUGGUUCCUAUAGUAUUAUUUGCUGGAAUGCUGUUUGGUAGUGGACUGUUAUGUCUGCUGCUGCCAAACACAGGCGGCGGUGCCCUAGAUUGAAAACAAUAAAAUAACAUAAAUUAGGGAAUAAUCUUAAUGUUAUUUAUUUGCCAUUCUCGAAGAUAAUAGGGUAUGUAGUAAAUGUCAGUUAAACUCUCAAGUCUCAAUUUGUACAGUAUGUGUUAAGGAAUUAGAAAUUAAUUUAUUAGAGAAACUAGCAGUCGCCAUUCAGUUCAGUUUAAAAUCACUUUUAGUUUUACUUAAUCUGACUCCUGUUUUAGUUCACAAAACAUUCGCACCAGUUAUAUAAAUGACCAGUAAUGGUUUAAUGCAACUAUGUUGUAAGUCUUUAGUUUUAUGCAAAGUAUACUUCUAUGUGAUAUUAAAUAGAUUUAGGUAAUUUUUGUAAAAAUGAUGCAAUAAAUGUCAUUUCUUCUUGCA